UUAACAGCUAAGACUGCCCCUAACCUGUGCCAUGAACCCCAACCCUCUCAUCUACUGCACCUGCUGGGACCCAUGGAACAUAGGGCCACGGAAGCUAAUCAAGACCCCUCAGCCACCAAACAAGAACUCUUCAGGAAGAUCCAAGCUAAUUCCUCUUGUAUCAACUUUGAAAGAACACAAUUUCAUCCCAUCCCAACCAACAGUAAAACCUCUUACCCCCAAAGUGAAAGCUCAUUUAGGAAGGCAAGGGGAGAGCAGUAAAAUACCUACUGAAGUAAUCAACGUGUCACCUGGCUAUCAACUGGUUCGGAAUCGUGAGCAGAUUUCAGUCACCUUGGGGGAUGAGAUGUUCAAUAGGAAAAAACAUUUGGAUUCUGGCCCCUUGGAUAAAGUCGCAGUUUCCAGGAUUGAAAUCAUUUCUGACCUUGAGGAGCAGAUCUCAGAGCUGACUACAAUCAUAGAACAAAUGAACAGAGACCACUUAGCUGCUCAGAAGUUGCUUUCCACUGAGAUGGAUCGCCGCUGUGCUGAGCUGAAGCAGCACUUUGAGAACAUGAGCAGGGAGCUCACAAACUCUCAUAAAGUGGAGCUCGGUAAAUUAGAGAACAACUACAAAGAAGCCUUGAAGGCAGAGAAGUCAGCUGCUCAGGAGAAGCUAGAGGAGAUGGAAAAAGAAUAUAAGUAUUUGAAGAACAUGUUUCAUAUUUACCAGGAUAGCAUUUAUGAUGAAAUGGAAGAUAGGUGGUCCAAGCGGAAGGCAGAAUGGGAGAAGGAUGAGAAGUUAGAACGAGAAAAGAUUCUACUACAGCAAAAACAUAGGAUGGCAAAAAGGUUUGAGUUAGAGUCAGAAGAAGAAAAGAAGAAAAUAAACAAGUCUUACAGCGAUAUCUUUGAGAACUUCGUUCGAGAAAAGGAGGAGCUCAUGAAGCAGCAUGAAAGGGACACCUUGCAAUUACAAGAGCUGAAAAAGACCAAUGAGACCAUAGAGGAAGAGUUGCAUGCACAAGCUCUUGUUUUGGAAUCACUUAACACAAGCCUUUACCAAACCCAGAUGGAACUCCAGAAAGAGAAAGCUACAGUGGGAAAUAUGGAGAAAAUACUCCUGACUAAGCUUGCUGACGCUGAAGAAAAGUAUAAGUACACAAUACAGAACUUGAUUGAAGAAAAUACUAAAUUAAAGGAACAGAUAAAUGCCAAGAAUGAAGAGAUUGGUGAAAGAACAUUUGAAGGGCUGGCCUCCAUUGCCCCUACUGAAUGUGACUAUGACUUAGAAGACAGUAGUAACAAAAAACAAACACCAUAAACCAAAGAUGUUCUUCACAGCCGAAGAGGGUAAGAACACCAUCCUGACCACGCCAGGGAAUUCCUGAGAGGUUUUCUUUAGAAAUGCAUGUGAUGAGUUGAGUUCUUGGGUUGCUCUGGCUAUUUUUAUUUUUUCACAAUUUGUCUUUCUUCAUGGUGGCUUGUAAAAUUUGAAUUCUUAUCUCAGUUGCCUAGAUUACCAGGACUCUUCACUGAACACUGAUGUUAUCUGUAUCUGGAACUCAGCUUUCUCUGCUCUGCAUACUAUUUUCCCUCCCACAUUUAUGAAUUUUAUUAGAACAUUUCUUGAAGGACUUCCUUUCAUUGCAUGUUGAGUAUAUUUUGAACUGUACAUUAGGUCACCCUGGAGCAUUUCCCUAAUAAGGUAGAUAAUUUAUUGCUUUUAUUACAGACCUUUUUUUUCUCUCUGAAAUAUAUGCCUACACUUUCCCAGCUCCCAACCAUGUGGCCUCCCCAAUGACUUAAAGAGGAACAUCUGAUGAUUCGCAUCUUUUCUCCAAUCAUUACCCUG